UCCGCCGCCAACACGCCACGCGCACGCGCAUUGCUUCCCCAUGUGGGCUCCGGCCGUCAUCGGGCCCAGCUGAACAGUAGUGCGUAGACCCCUAGACUGCAAGAUUUUGCUGCCAGCUGAGCAGACUCCACCCUCUUGCUGUUGCCUUCCUCUCUCGGUCUUCCCGCCAGGGCAGUUCACCAUGGGCAAGAGCCGGACGAAACGCUUCAAGCGACCUCAGUUCUCCCCUACGGGCGACUGUCAGGCCGAGGCGGCGGCGGCGAACGGGACUGAGCCAGAGGAGGACGACGGGCCAGCGGCGGAGCUGCUAGAAAAACUCCAGCACCCGAGCGCCGAGGUCCGCGAGUGCGCCUGCGCGGGGCUGGCCCGGCUGGUGCAGCAGCGGCCGGCGCUGCCGGGCCUGGCUCGCCGGGACGCCGUGCGACGCCUCGGGCCGCUGCUGCUCGACCCCAGCCUGGCGGUGAGGGAGACGGCGGCUGGCGCACUGAGAAAUCUCAGUGCUUGUGGUGGUUUCGAAGUUUGUGAUGACAUGGUGACUAAGGAUAUCAUGACUCCGCUGGUCGCAGUGCUGAAGGAGUGUAGUACUGGACUGGAUUCAAAUGAGAUGUCUCCACAGGAAAAAAAAGAUCAGAACAGAAAUUCUAUUGAAAACAUAGCCAACGAGGCCGUGAACGUGCUGUGGAAUAUAUGUGAAUGCAGUAGUAGAGCAGUAUCUAUAUUCAACAAAGAAGGGUGUUUGGAGAUUAUAUUAAAGUAUUUAAGUAGGUUUUCCACCAAUGUUGACCUGGCCAUUUCAGUAGCAUAUUGUUUGCAGACGGUGACCGAAGAUAACCCAGAGCUACUGAAAUCUUUCAGUGCCCCAGCAUUGCAUGUGCUGGAAUCAGCAAUGCUUUCACCUGUCAAUUCCAUGGAAUAUAUUCUAUUAAAGACAUUGGUGGCAGGCACAAUUUGGAAUCUAAAGGACAUUAUUCCAUCCAAGAGUCAGGCAGAAAUCAUAAAUGCCAUACUAAAGAUCUUAUCUGAAGUUCUGGAAAUGGAUGCUGGUAAAACAGUUAUUCAAAUGAAGGAGGCCGAAACUCAAAGGAUAAAAACUGCUGCAGAGACUGAGGACACACUACAGAAUGUUAAUGGUGAUGAUUUGAUUGAGGAUGAUGAAAUGGAAGAAAUUCCUCAUAGAAGGAAAGUCAGAAGGAAAGCUUUCGUUUCAGAUUUACUUCCACCCACCGACAAGGAGCUGAGAGAGACCAUAGCGUUGCUGACAGCCCAGCAGACUGCUCUGGAAAUCAUUGUCAACAUGUGCUGCAGUGAAGAUCCCGCCGAUGAUGAAUGGGAGGAGCUUUCCAGCAGUGAUGAAAGCGACGCCUUUAUGGAGAAUUCGCUCAGUGAAUGCGGUGGGCAGCUGCUGUCUCCCCUCUGCCUCUCCCAUGAGGUUCACACCGCUCUCACCAGCUACCUCAUCCCACAGAAGAUUUUUGAGAAAACUGCCUUUCCAAACAGCACUGCAGUUGACAUGUGUUCUAGAAGCCCCAGUUGGAAACCUUUGAUUAGAAAAAUGAGCACUAUACAAUGCAGAGCCCUCGUGUGUCUCCAGAGCCUUGUCUCCCUCCUGGAUGUGGACCAUCUGGGAGGACCUGCAGCCCUUCAGACACUUGCACAGCAUCUGUCACAACUGCUUUUCUCUCAGCCAGAUUUUGCUAAGCAUGUUGACUUUUUAGAAGCCAUAAGUAGUGCCUUGAGGGCCCUUUUGCAAACAGUGGCCUCCAAGAACAUUCCUCAGUGCAUGACUCCCGGCCAGCUGUUGACACUAUGCAGAGCAGGCAUCCAUAGUAGUAAUGUUGGGGUGAGGGUAAAUGUGGUUAGUAUUUUAGGAAUCACUGGCAGCGUCCUAGCCAAAGAAGAUGGUACACUUGACAAUCUUAAGACCAUCGGGUGCUUUCUGCUUGAGGUUGCCACCAAAGAUCCCUCCCUUGUAGUAGCAGGAGAGGCUUUGGAUGCCCUCUUUGAUGUUUUUGCAGAUGGUAAAGAAGCUGAAAGGGCCUCAGUUCAAAUUAAAUUGUUAUCUGCUCUGAAAGAAUUCCAGCCAGUCUUCAAAAUGAAGAUACGGAAAGAAGGGAGGGCUAAAUACAGUCCAGAUCAGCUGUGUGUUCUCGACAACGUGAAGAUGAACUUGAGAAGGUUUGUCGCUUAUCAAGAAACUGUUGAGAAAAAACUGACUACUUGAAAGAGACCAGUCCUCGCCUCAAAGCGUUCAAAGCUGAAGAAUACUAGAGGGUUUCCUUUCAGUGUGUGUGUUCCUGAAAGUCAUUUUUUAAUGCGUGUACACUAAUAUGAAGUUCAUAAAAACUCCAGAACCUGUCAGAAACUCUUUAAAGCUCUGGGAUCUGUGUGGCAUUUCUAGUGCUCUCAGAAAUGUUUCCAGCGUGUUUUCAUCACUGGAAACAAGAAGAGUGGAGACACAAGGAAAUCUCAGGUGCUUCUUCACGAGCAGUGAAGACACUUCCAAACAGUCAUGUUUUCCUUGAAUUUUGCAAAAAAGGAAAAUGCAGAGCAUUGCUUGGAUGUUCUUUUAAGCCAUUAUCAUUUUUUUUUUUUUUUUUCUUUUUGCGGUAUGUGGGCCUCUCACUGUUGUGGCCUCUCCCGUUGCGGAGCACAGGCUCCGGACGCGCAGGCCCAGCGGCCAUGGCUCACGGGCCCAGCCGCUCCGCGGCAUAUGGGAUCCUCCCAGACCGGGGCACGAACCCGUAUCCCCUGCAUCGGCAGGCGGACUCUUAACCACUGCGCCACCAGGGAGGCCCGAGCCAUUAUCAUUUUAUAUUAGCUGAAUCUUUAACUGAAAUAUGAAGACAAGCUUUAUAAAUUUUUUUUGGUAUGAAGUAUAUCAAUUAUGCUUACCUUUUGUGAAGAGGGGACUGAGCUGGAGUCAUAGACCACUAUUUAGCAGACUACUAGCUAAUGAGCUCAUGAGGUCAUCAUCGUCCUCUGUACAAAAGGAUCUGAUCGGAUACUGCUUUGGAACAUCACUCCUUAUUUAAUUUGAUAUGAAAUCAGA